AUGAAUGGCAUGAUCUCCUAUUCGUUUACCGAACCUACAAUUUUGUGAGUAUUCGACCUUUAUCUGUCUUUACUCGGCUGAAUCUCUUUGUUGAAUGUGCCUUCCUUAUAUGUUAGGUUUGAUGGCUCUUAAAUCAGUGAUACUAGGAUCCUUUAGUUGCUUUCUAGAAGCAAAUGUAUUCAGACUUGACAGAACUUAAGUACAUAGCUAAUGAUGAAUUUACGAAACAGUUUCUCUUAAUUAUUUCAUGUUGGUAUUUGCCUUACGCUGUUUUCGUGGGCCCUUAUCCCCCUAAAGGUUAAUAAUGAAAGAUAGUGUCGACUGAUUAGUGAUCGUCACUUUUGCCUCGCUGUUUGGACCUAUCACUUCAUUCAUGAGUUUUCGAAUACGAAAUGAGCAAAAGCCUUAGUCUAAGUUGGGGCUUAUGUUAAGUGUUAUAUUCCUCCACAUGUUGAUAUGUAGUAUUGCAACCGUCGACACUGCUUAAGGAAUCACUUGUUUUGUGUUUUAGUUUCCAGAUAAACCAAACAUCUGGCGAGAUACAGACCUCUGUAUCUCUUGAUCGUGAGACCGUCAACCGCCACAUGCUUACCGUUGUCGCAGCUGACAACAGCAGUCCCGAAUCUCUGAGCAGCCAAGUGGAAGUGCUAGUGCUAGUUGAAGACGUUAAUGACAAUCCGCCAGUGUUUGUAGAAAAGGAAUACUCAUUAUCUCUGAGCCUGUAUACACAACCUGGACUGCUUUUAAGAGUGAACGUAAGACAAGUUUUGUGUUUUUGGGUGAAGAACGGUUUAUGUUUCAUUCUAUUUUGGACGAUCAAAUGUGACUCGCAUUGUGUUGCGACUUACUUAUCUUAUACGAAAGAAUCCAGAAGUUUCAUUACAACUUUUUAAGGUAUCGCUAUUUUUUGCAGUGAUUUUAGUACCCGUACGUCCUGCGUCCCUGAGGCAUAAAACUCCUCAAAGUUAUUCACGGCGUGCGCCCUGUAGGAUGCAAUGAUCGGUCGAUCGAUCCGAGAUGUUUUUAAAGAAUAUUCCCUUUGUGUGAUUUUGAACCUGUUUUUUAACCUGUAUAACGUCAUGCCCAUAAAGUACCUCUACAAAUGAUUUCCGUACGAAUUAAUAGAGAGUGUAAGCUUCACGUAUAGGUUAUAGGCAAACGUCAGAUUCAAGUUGAGAAUUUUUCAAAAUAUAAAAACAGCUCAAAACAAUUCUUAUGGAUACAAACUUGCGGGAAACUACUUAUUUAUGGGUAGAAAUAAUGAAGAGUAAACGACGAGUGAUAGGGAAACAUGGUCAGCUGGUACAAAUUUGCGUUUGCCGUUUGACGUAAAUGUGUUGCUUAACCUCUCUAUUGGAAGCAUUUCUACGCAAAAAAAUUAGUGUAGUGGGUACUGAAAGCGCGUAGGUGAGCUACGUACAGUGUUUUUAACUUUAAUACACUUACAGGCUUUUCGGCACAAAAUUACAAUUUAAUCCCUUUUUAACGCUGAAAAAGAGAAAGAAAAUCAAAAUAGGCCACAGGAAAAGAUGUUAAGGUGUUCGGUUUCAAUGACGAACCCACCUGGAGUGUACCAGCUUCUUUCAUGAGUGAUAUCGUUCCUGUUUGUGCCUCAAGUCCUUUUAAUAUGGCCGUUGUUCCACCAACAAGUGAAAUUAAAAAAAGGAAAUCCCUGCCAAGCUAUUUGAUGACUUAUGGUUGGCUGAUGAGGCUCAAGCUUUUUUUUAUAGAACUCAUUAGUCUUUGGAUUGGACUCAUCUUUUCUUCAUGAGAUGAGUCCUUGGACUGUUUAUGGUGACUUAAUGUAGCCUUGUUUACGUGUUUAUAGGCGACUGAUGCAGAUGUCGGUCGGAAUGCCGAAGUGGUGUACACGAUAACGGACGGAAAUGCCAAUGAGAUGUUCAGAAUCAAUUCAACGAGCGGUGAACUCUUUCUAAUUGCACCAUUGACAGUUGCAGUUGGCGAUUCCGUUGUGCUUCAUGUCAAGGCUGAUGACAAGUUACCGGUUAACUCUCUGCAAGCCAGUGCGCUUGUUAAAAUAACAUUCGUUGGUGGGUAUUUUCAAUGAAACAAUUUCUGAUUAGUCCAUUCUUACGAUACAUUGUUGAAUCCAAAAACGGUUAAUGUUAGGCAAUGUUCGUGGGGUGUCUAAACGACCUCAUCAGCAUCAGGCAUGUUACAUUACAAGUUUAAGCUAGUAGCAACUUAUGGCAUCUAAUUGCAUUCUCUGCAAGACUAAUAAACCUCUAUACAGUAAAUCCUUGAAUAAUAAUAUGAGGUUCCACCCCCAAGUAAGGAACCCUUUCAAAUAAACACUCCUUCCCGUACCUUUAAUAACAAUCUACCUUACCGUUUUUGUUACGAUUAAAUUAGCACCUUCAUUUUCAUUUUUAUUUCUCAAACGCUUUUUAGGGAGAAAAAAAAUGAAUUAAAUAGCGCUAUCUUAUGGUUAGGCGUACAGAGAGUGUUGCUGUAAGAACUUUGUAAAUAGCCUUUAUAUCAAUACACGGCAUGUGUUUUGGUUCGAGGGCCUUUCACCCGCUAACCUUUGACCAGAUUAUCCACACCGACCUCUAUAAACUCCCCGGAAUUUCUUCAAAACUCAAUCCAGACCAUUUAACAUGCUGAUCAUUUUGUUUUUCUCGUACCUUCUAUUUUUAAUCGAGCAAUGAUAUUUAAAGGGAAAUUGGCUGCUGGUCGCUCGAAGGUUUGACGGGGUUAACCGCAAACGCUAUUUGAUGUGUAAAGCCGGUGGCUAUCUCUCUAAGCAGGAUUUUAAAAGAUGUAUAUGGACGCACCUCGGAGAAAGUCCAUUCCCACCCAACUGCCUUAACGAGCGUCCAGGUGUCCUUCUCUUACUUAUUGCUGAUUAAAAAUUUCCCCACAGGUGUCGCAACAAAAGCUUUCCAAGAAGAUCCUGUUGCCUUAGUUUCUGGAGUAAGCGUGGGUGGAAUUCUUUUAGUUGGUGCCAUAGUUUUGCUGAGCCUAUACAUAUGGUAGGUUUUUUCCCCUAGGCAUUUGGUUAUUUUUAUAAACGCCACUAACAGGUAAAUUCACGCAAAACAGCUAAGAGAUACUCCAAACCCGUUGAAAACAGUACCGACGAAAUUGUUGCAGUAGGCACCAUACCGGUGAGAGCGUUGGACCUGCAAUCUGAGAUAGAUAGUUAGAUAGUUUAUUAAAACUGCAUCGCAGCCAAAGGUUGAAUUACGCAAUUAUUUACAAAAACUUUACAAUACUUGAAAAUUACAAAUGAAUCCUAGAUAAUAAGUCAAAAAAAUAUUAAAAAUUCUAUAUAAUACAUUCAUAUUAAAAUAUGUUAAAAUAUAAAGCAUGAAUAUAAGUGGGAUAAAACUACAGCCCGGACUGUUUCGACAUCGCAUAUAUAAAAGUAUUACUUGUUCUGUUCGUACAAAGCUUUGGCAUAUUAAAAUGGCGCUGUCGUCUUAGGUUAUAGCGUGAGUUGUCAUAGUCUGGUGGAAGGAGCGCCUUCAAUUUAUGGUUUGGAUCACUGACAAUGUUAUCAAAAAGCCUGCUACAUAAUACGUAAUAAUGCUUCAAAAUGGGUGUUAACCCCACCUCUAUUGUCGAGUUGCACUUUCCUGAGGUUAUUAUUGAUACUGCUCUUUUCUCGAGCCGUACCGGCUCUUUCUUUAAGUACUGGGGGAGACCGUUGAAAAAGACAGGUGCUGCAUAAUCAAUAACAGAUCUCACGUACGAUACGUAGAACAGUGCUAGAUAUUGUUUCGGAACUCCCGCUCUCUUUAACUGAGUUAGGAAAUAGAGGCUCUUGCUAGCCUUUUUGGUUAUUUCAGUUACAUGGUCGUUCCAUGAUAGAUCGCUCGCUAUUGUAAGGCCUUGUAGCUUUGUACUAGUAACUAACUCUACCUCCUUUCCUUCUAUGAUGAUGGGAUCAAAGACUCUUUGCUCUUUAGCAAAGGAGAUCCUGAGUUCUUUGCCAUUAUCUGCGUUUAUUUCUGGUGGCCUCAAUUUCAAGUCCCGCCCUGACCGCAGGCUUGAUUUGUUUACGUUAGUUCCGAGCUAAAAUACUGGACUACGUUUGUAAUUAGCCUCUGGCUACUGUGCUUCUUAACCCUGCUGUAUUUAUUAUAUUUAAUUUAUUUCAGGUUUUUUUUCUCGGCCCCUUUAGUCUUUGCGCUUUUAAUACUGUUGCAAGUAAAUAAAAGAAUAUUAGCUUUAUCUGUCCUGGCCAGUUUUUCCGUGUUUACUAUUGUUGUUAUUUCGUUUUUAGGAAGAAAAGAAGAAAGAGAGAUUGGGAUAGAAGAAGAAAACAGGAAUCACUACCCAUGAUUUGUACACGUCAAAAGGAACCUCGUUAUGAUGAACAUUUCAGCAGUAUGAGAAAAACAGAGAAGAGAUCGUCAUCUAAUCUAUACCAUCUUAUGAACAAUUCAGGCUCCUGUGUGAACUUGGAACACAUAGAAAUGGAACCAUGGAUCCCUUCCCCAUCACAGAUUCCCAUACACACUUCUGGUAGUUUCUCUUCCGAAAGCGAAUUCUCCAUGGCGCGGUUUAAGGGCUCCCAAGUUGUCGUUGAAGUUAGCGCAAGAAAACCGAAGGCACAAAUUGGUCUGACGUCUCUAGCACAGAAAUCAGAGAUUCCUUCAUCUCAUGAGGCUAAGAUCUCAAACGUCAGCAAAGACAUCAGUAAGAGAGAAUCUCUAAAAGAAGGGACGCACCUUGAAUCUUUUCAAAGUACAGUAGUGCACAGAUCACCAUCAGCCCCAACAUUGCUAAAGCAAAACUCCCAGAACUCAGUCUAUCAGCAACUAAGAGCAAUGACACCAGUAAGUGAAUGGAGAUCUCUUCCCGGUUCACGGCUUAACUUGGAACCUGAAUCAGUAUCGUUAGCUACCAGGGAUAGUUGUGACAGAGUAUUGCCUCACGUCGAAUCAACAGGGAUGAAAGCGGAAAAAGAGCAAAGAUACAGCCACACUUGCUUGGAACAUACUGAAAUGGAAUCUCAACCACUGUCACUAAUGCCACAGCAAAGAUCCCAGAGUUUGGUUUCUCUGCCCGAUAAAUGUCUGCUUUCGGCUAGGGUAAACUCGGCCCCUAGUUCAACGUAUGGAAUGCAGCUCAGUGAGAUGGAAUCGGAACCACCUUUUCCAUCUCUCAAAGGAAGACCCAGAACUCGUAUAUUACCUAAUGAUGGGUACGCGCCAGUGCAAGCAGAGUUGGCACCUAGUUCCUUAAAAGGAGCACAAGCAAGCUGCAGCGUAGAUUCACAAUCCAAAUCAGCUUCCUUAUCGACAGAGGAACUAUCUACGAGUUUAAGGACACAAACAGCUGAAAACGGAGAAGGUUAUAGCCAGGUUAGUUUGCGGCUCAGUGAGUUAGACGCUGAAUCACUCUCGCCAUCUCCAAAGAAAAGGUCUGACGAUUCAAGGUCACUCACAGACUUUGAAGGUAGGGUAGACCAAGGUGACACGCCCGUGGUUGCUUCAUAUCCAAGAAAUGUAGUAGAAAGUCAAACUCCAGUAUAUCCUGAAGUAAGCCGAGACCUUCGUACAGUUACAUUCAAGUCAUUACCAGCGCUUCAACCUCCAGAUACGACGUUUGAGAAAUCAAAGGAACAACCAAUCAAGCCAACGACUGGUCAAACUAGUGGAAUUAAGACAUCUCCCUGUAUCGUGGUGGAAAAAUGUCUUGCAGAUGGAGUACGAAAAAAUCUAUCAUCGUUGGAAGAUAUCAGUGAAGGUGCAUGUCACAAGGAGAUACUGUCAACGGAACGGACAGGGACACCUGUUCUCGUUUCUUCCUCAGAUAAUUCAUUUAAGUCAUUAUCGAACGAAGACGUUCCACUACAUCGCUAUAACACUGCUUUAGUUGGCUCCUCGUCGUUUCAGAGUCAAUUUUCCCGAAGUAGAUCACCUGACAAGGAGUCAAAUAGUUCAUUGGAAGAUAAUGAUGUUUCCUCAGCUAGUAAAGGCAAUUUGCGCGAAGGAGAACUGUUUCCGACUCUUGAAACAAGGGAAGGAACACUUGUUUCUGGACUCGAUGAGUUGGAAUCACCCUCAUCUUGUAAAGAUGAAAGAUUUGAACCGUCACUACAUUUGUUUGAGGAUCAGUCGUUACCAGAGAGAGCAAAAUCGGUUCCUAAUCUUUUGAAGAGAUCUCAAAAAGGCAGCUUAGUUGAUUUAAUAACAAAAUCAUCUCUAUUAUUGAGGGCUGAAGUUUCUCAGACUCUAUCAUCACAAGUGAACCCUGUGGUGCCUAGAGCUGUUAUGGAGCAAAGUUGCAGCCAGGCGGCCUUGGAGCACCGUGAGUUGGGAUCUGAAUCACGUGCAACAUUUUCUAAGAAGAGAUCAAACAGCUUAUCUUCAUUUGAGGAUCAGCUCUCAUCAGAAGGAGUCAAGUCAGCACGCACAGUCUCCGAUAGAUCGCAAGAAACCAGCAGGAGCUCCAUCGAGCUGGAGCUCCAUAAGUUGGAGGCUGAAUCACCUGGAACGGUUUCAAAUAAGAUAUCCGACAGCUUAUAUUUACUUAAGGGUCAGCCCCCACCGGAAAGAGUGAAGUCAACACCCACUCCCUCGGAGAGUACGCGAGAAACUAGCGGUUUAAAUUCUUUAAAAAGGUCCGGUCCAUUGCUGACAAAGGAAUUUUCGGAGAAUUUAUUGUCACCAGUGCGGUCUGCAGCGGUGUUAACUGAAUUAGGGCGCAGUUACAGCCAGAGUAGUCUUGGCCUAGAUGGGUUGGAAUCUGAAUCACCUUCCCCGUUCACAAAGCAGACAUCCCAAAGUUCAUCAUCUUCACUUUAUGGUCAGCAAUCACGAGCACGACCAAAGUCAGUAUCGAGCUCCUUAAGGAAGCCAGAAAUCGACAGUGUAGGCUCGGCAUUACAAUCAGCUUUGUGUCUCGCAAAAAAGAAGUCCCAAAACCUACUGCCACAUCCUGAACCAGAAGCAUCGAUACUGGUGAAAGGACGAAAAUCUAGCGAAUGUGGAGAGGAUCUAGGUGAAUCAUCUUCACCAUCGUCAAAAGAUGGAUCCGACAGUUUAUCUUCAGUUGAGCAUAGUUUGUUAUCAGAAAAAGCAAAAGCAUCACCCCAGUCCUUAACAGCAUCUCUAACCCAGGCGGGUCUAACUUCUUUAUCGAUAUUAGCUCCGUCAUUGACGAUGGUCCCUUCUGAGAGAUUAUUGCCACGUUCUCAGCCUGCAAGGACGCCGACGGAAGGAGAACAAUACAGCCAGGAAAGAUUAGUACUUGGCAAGGUGGAGUGUGAGUUACUUUCAUCCGAAAACCAAGUAUCCAAACUUUCACAGCCUUCAAUUGAGGGUCGUCUGUCACCAGCUGGAGUAAAGGCAGCAACGAGCUCCUUGACAGAGGCCCAAUUAAAUGUCUACGACGAGGGGACAGUUGCUGAGACUUAUAUAAUACCAUCAGAAAGUUCAGAACUGAUAGGUGGACGGUUUGAGGACAAGGAACCUGUUUCACGAUCCACAUCGAUAUCAUUGUCCAGCAAAGUUAUGCCAGGAGGGGUACAGUCUGAUACUCUAUCUCGGGCAGAGUCGUUGAAAAAGGCUCCAGUUGGCACAUCAUCGCAAUUUCGGCCUUCAACUUCCCAUUUGAAAGACGAAACAAGGUCACCCUCGUGCUUUGAAGGUAGUAUGGACCAAGAUGAUGUGUCGGUGGCUGCUUCAUAUAAAAAAGAAUUGGUAGAAAGUCAAAAUCUAGUUUUUCCUGAAGUAGGCCGUGGCCUGACUAUAACUACAUCCAAGUCAUUAAAAGAGCUUCAACCUCUAGAUACAACAUUUGAGAACUCAAGCGAACAACCAAUCAAGCAAACGACUGGUCAACAGAUGAAGUUGGAGUCUAAAUCACCCUCAUCUUCUAAAGAGGAAAGGUCUGAAUCCUUAUAUUUGUUUGACGAUCGGUUGUUACUAGAGGGAGCAACCUCGGUGCCCAAUCUUCUAAAGGGAUAUCAAAAAGGCAGCUAUAUUGAAUUAAGAUCAAAAUCAGCUCCAUUAUUGACGGCGGAAAUUUCUCAGAGCUUAUCAUCACAAGUGGAGCCUGUGGGGGCGAGAGCUGGAGGAGAACAGUGCUUCAGUCAUGCUGGCCGUGAGUUGGGAUCUGAAUCACGUGCAACGUUUUCAAAGAAGAGAACCGACAGCUCACCUUUACUUGAAGAUCGGCUUCCCACCAGAGAGAGUGAAGUCAACACCCACUCUCUCAGAGAGAUCGCAGGAAACGAGCACUUUAAAUUCUCCAUCAAACUCGGCUUCAUUGCUAACAGAGGAAUUUUCUCAGAGUUUAUGUUCACAAAUAUCGCCUGCGAAGGUGAUAGCUGA